CGAAACUAGUUGGCAAUGGCUACAACUAAAACUUUCCCCUGUGCUUCCCUUGUAGUACUCAUUUUCAUCUUUGCUAUUGUUGGUAUGUUAGAGAUGCCAUCAGCUGCAGCCAUUUCAUGUGGCCCAGGGGAAACUCUAGCAGAAAGUAAAUCGGUUUCUAUGCCUACAAUCUACUGUUUUGGUUGUCAAGAACAGUGCAUAACCCAGUGCAAGUCUCAAGGAAGAGAAGUAUCUAAGGUAGAGUGCAACUUUUGGAGUUCGGACCCAGCUGAAUGCAAGUGCUGUUGUCGGUUACCAUCCUCAACUCCAACACCCCAACCCACAAGUUGGGUUCAAUGUCCAAGUGGAGAAUCAAGCAUGUUCUUUGCACUUAAUAAAGUGGCACUUGAUUGCAACCUUUGUGUUAAUGGUUGUAAAACUAAAUGUGAUAGCAUACGAGCUACAGUGAGCAGGGAAACCUGCUUUCAGACUUUUCGACAACCUACAACUCUUACGGAUGACGGUUUGAAUUGCCCUUGUUGUUGUAAAAAGGAUCCUCCACCUCCACCUCCAUCACCACCUCCACCUUCUCAUCCACCUCCAUCACCACCCCCACCAUCUCCAUCUCCACCCCCACCAUCACCUCCUUCAUGUCCAUCUCCACCCUCGCCAGGCACUUCUUGUGGAUGUUGUAACGCGAACACCAACAUUCAGAUCUCUGUAAAAUCAGGCUGCAAUGUUAAAGUAUCAACACCAUCAUCGUCUGCUGCUGGUUAUUCUAGCCUCUAAUAUCCAUAUUACUAUCUGCACUGUGUUUGCAGUCAGAAUACGCAUGUUUAUCUCUUUGUUAGCCACAACAACUAUAAGAUGAAAGGAGCAUCAAUUAGAAUCUAAAAAAGUUGAAACAAUAAAUUAUUUUAGUUAUAGUUAACCCAAAUGCAUUGU